AUGGGGACACUGGAGUAUUGGACAGUUAUGGUUUUGCUUGCAUUUGCCGGAGUACUUAAAAAUGCUGAAGUUAAAGUCGAUGCUGCUGCUAUUUGUGCAAGGGUCUCGAACGAAUUGGGAGCGGGAAAUGCAGCAGCUGCAAAAUUCUCUGUUUGGGUUACAGUCUCAAUUGCUCUAGUCACACAGACUGCUUUUGCUUCCCUACUUUUGAUAACAAGAUAUGACUUCCCAAAACUCUUUACAGAUGACAAGAUUGUUAUGAAAGAAGUUAGUGCAUUAGCCAUGUAUUUAUGCAUCUCGAUUUUACUCUGUGCCAUCCUGCCCGUUUUAUCAGGUAUGGCCAUUGGAGCUGGUUGGCAAGCUGCUGUAGCCUACGUAAAUUCCAUAAGCUACUAUCUUAUUGGGUUGCCUGUCGGCAUCUUUAUGGGAUUGAAAUUAGAUUGGGGUCUAGAGGGACUUUGGAUUGGACUACAAAUUGGGAUGGGACUUCAGACAAUCGUUCUCUUAAUUAUGUUUUGGCGUGCCGACUGGGACAAAGAGGUGCAAAUAUCUCACGAUAGAGUUUCAGAAGAUGUAUAUUUAGGCAAGGAAGAAAAGUUUAUCAACUAA